UAUUAUUCAAAAUAUAAUUGAGUUAUAUUAGAAAGAACACAGUUAUUGUUAUUAAUGUAAAAAUCGUAUGUGCUGACUGAUUCGGUGCUACGGUAUACCGUCAUACACCAAUGAAUUUAUCUGCGGUAAAACAUGGUUAAAAGGGAUUACAAUACUUCCUGACUGAAAACAAUGAAAAAACAUGGAUAUGAAAGCUUUGGUUAUUCAAUGGAAUAACAUUAAAUUAGAAUAACACUAUAUGUCCAACGCCGCUGAAGAUCCUGAAUCAAACAUAAUGGAAAAUGUAGAUGGUCCUGACUCUCCUCCGCUAAUUAUUCCCCUCUCGGAACAUUUAGAUCUAGGCCCUCAAGACGCUCUUUGUUUUGAUGUUAAAAUAGAGGUUCAACCAAUCAACCAAAGUGGCUCUCUCCCUCAUUCACGGGAAGUAGCAGUGCGCAAGAGCUCAAAAACAAUUAAACCCAAGAUAGUAAAGAAAAGUACAUCAUCCAGCAAUGCAGAAAUUCGACCAUAUAAAUGCAGCAAAUGUCCGAAGGCUUUUGUCACUCGGCAGCAUUUUGAACGACAUACUAAUCUUCACUCCAUGGAGACCCUUUACCCGUGCCAACAAUGUGACAAAGUAUGUUUAGAUAGGUCAUACUUAUUACGUCAUAUCAGAACUCACGCAGCAGAGAGGCCAUUUGCUUGCACCAUUUGUGAUAAGAGGUUUCGCACAUUGGCUAAUCUAAAGAGGCAUACAACUAGCCAUGAUCAAAGCUUGCGCCAGUUUGCAUGUACGGAAUGUGGAAAACGUUUUCCAGACAAUAGCAGUCUUAAGAAGCAUUAUCUUGGGCAUAGUGGAGUGAAGACUCAUAUUUGCAUCAUAUGUGCAAAAGGAUUUAAUUAUGUUGGAGACUUGAAUAUGCAUAUGAAAAGCCAUGAGCUAGUGAAAAAUUACCACUGUGCUGACUGUGGAAGAGAAUUUUCUCGGCAUAGCAACUUGAUGAGACACAAGGCAGUUCAUGCUGAAAAUGGUGUUUUCCAAUGUACUGUGUGUAGUGUUAGUUUUCAACAUGCUGCCACGUUAACAAGACACAUAUUGUCAAAUCAUCCAGGACACAUUAAAGUGAAGAAAAGGACAUUUCCUCCAUCAGAUGAAAUGAGACAAUCUGUUAAUGAUAAGAGUAUUUCUCAAUCAGAUGACGAAUCUUCAAAUGACACCUGUACUGAAAUUAAUUCUAACAGUGUAGGAGACGAACAAGUUGAAAAAAAUAUUGGAAGCUCAUCAGAACACAUUGCAGUAGUUCCUUCUAGUUCGUCAUCAUUUGAAAUAUAUCAAAUUGAUGGGUCUGGUGGUCUUGUGAGAGUCACUGAUGCCCUUUCAAUUCAGUCCUUGCAAUUAGUAAAUAAUGAACAAUCAUCGUCUGAGCUGUAUCAAACUUAUGCAUAUAAUGGGGCUUAGCUAUCAUGUAUUGAUGAUUAUGAUAAAUUUUGAGGGGUGAGGGAUUGGCAGCCUAGCAAUAGCUGUGACACUUUAAUUAUGUAAUUCCCAUUGAUGUGUAGUAAUUUGCAUUGACUGCUCUUUUUCUUUUUGUGUGUGUGUAUGUGUGUAGCUUUUCUUUGUUUAUUUUAUACAGUUCAA